AAGUCGUUCACUCCACAGCCACCACCACCACCACCACCAAAGAGUGGACCUCGUCUAGCUCCACUUUUAGUGGGUGGCGCAUUACUCUAUGUGACGGCUACCUAUGUCAGUAUGGUUGUCUUUAAAAGCAAGGGUGACACUGCUGCCAAUACAACCACUACAACCGAUACAACCGCACCCAGCGAGUCUGCCGCGCCUAAGACGACAGUGCUCAAACCAAUCGAAACCAAAGUCACGCCUUCUCAGUUUGAUACUUCCCCUAUUUGGGAAAGUGUGGCCAAGAGCUAUGACAAUGAGAUUGGGUGGGAUGAGCGCGUAAUGGGUAUUGGAUUGCUACGCCGUUGGUUAGUCAGUCAAGCAAAGGGCGAUGUGCUUGAGGUAUCAACUGGUACUGGCCGUAACUUUAGUUACUACAAGCCUGAAAGCAUUACCUCGGCCACAUUUACUGAUCGCCAUCCACCAAUGCUUGAGGAAGCCAAACACAAGUUUGAAAAACAACCAAAACCCUGGAAUGUCGAAGCAAACUUUAUAACAGCCAAUGUGGAUGAUCCCAAGAGUAUGCCCCAAGGGUUUGACACUGUUGUAGAUACUUUUGGGUUGUGCUCAUGUGGGGAUCCCGUAGAGGCUUUAGUUUCAUUGGCAGAUGCUUGUAAGUCUGAGGAUUCACGGAUCCUUUUACUUGAGCAUGGACGCAGUCACUAUGAUUGGUUGAAUCGUUUGUUGGACACCAAUGUUGACAAGCAUGUUACUCGGUGGGGUUGUUGGUGGAAUCGAGACAUGGUUGGCUUGUUGGAGGACAAACGUGUUAAAGAAAAAAUGGAGGUUGUAUCCAUGUAUAGAUGGCAUUUUGGCACAACUUGUUAUAUUGUAGCAAAGCCAAAAAGAUCACCCACAGAGACUAAAUGAUAAUAAUAAUUAUAUAUAUAUAUAAUAUGUAUAUACAAUAGUAACUUAUGAAAUGUAUUUUAUAUCUGAUGUUUAUAUACACAUAGACAUGUGUGAAAUUUGGAAGAAGUAUUAUAUAUAUAUAUAUAUAUAAUAUGUGUAUUCGAAAUUACACACAAAACAAACAAACAAAAAAAACAAAAUCCUAUAAAUAAUAGUAAUAAAGUAGAGAGAGUAUUCAUAAAAGUG